AUGGAGGCCGUUGGAGGCGCUGCUUCUAUCCUUGCCAUUGCAGGAGCAGGAAUCCAAAUAUCACUAAAGCUGAUCGCGUUCGCGGACCAGAUCGGAACGGCAUCCAAGAGGAUCCAAGAUGUUGGUACAGAUGUCUCGGUCACGGCCGGGACGCUUCGAGAGCUAGGCGAGUUCAUGAACAAGAAGAUGCCUUCUAAGAAAUCGACCGCGAUAUUCAACCCCGAUCAAGUCCAGAAUAUUGUGGCUUCCUCCACUAGAUGCAAAAAAAUAUUCGACGAGCUCAAAAACAUCCUGGGCAAAGCUAGUCAGCAACUGCGGGACGUUUAUAAGAAAAAGACGAAGAGCCAAGACGCAUCUGCAAAGAUCAAAUUGUCGAGACUGGAGCGCAUGAAAUGGCCAUUCUUGCAGCCUUCCAUGGAGUCACUCAAGGGAGCACUGAGAGAUGCUAAAGGCACGCUGACAUUGAUACUUCAAGUCGUUCACCUACGACAUGCCCACACCACAGCCAGCCUCGACCGGGAAGAGCAGAACGAUCUCAUUCGGAUGAUAGCUGCAAUGAGGCGGCAACAGCUGAUCUCAAAAUGUGGUGGUGGAGGCGGCUAUCAAGAUUUAGACGCCGGCGAUACCGAGGACUCUGACUCCAGGAAUUCUUCAGAAGUUCGAAAUAUAUUGGAAGCUUGGUCUGUUACUCCCAACACCUCGUCUGACGAAAGCUUCCAAAAUUUCCUAAUCACGCCAAUACCGAUAUCUCAGCAACAAAUUGAAAGAGCAUUGGAAACUUCGCCACAAGCUUUUCGUGAGAUUGCUUCGAUGAUAGAUAGCUUGUCCGUUCCGGAACGGGACGCCAUACUCGGAAGGGUCCUAGGUAACAAUCGAUCACACCCAGAUGACCCAACCAUGCGGUCAAUCUCAUCUCAAAGCUGGACAGGCUCUCAUGACUUGUUUGGGAACGUCACUAGUCGCAAGUUCAGAUUGAUAAUCGAACGACGAGUUGGCAUAUCCAAAUCCUCAGGGACCAACAUAAAACAUAAAUCGCCUGGCCCCAUCCACAGACAGGGAUAUGCAAUGCAUGAGGCGCAGCAUUACAAGUUUAAUUCUGACCCCCAUGCAUACGUUAGCUAUUCCGAUUCUGACAGCAUCCAUGGGACAGAAGCGGAUAAGCCUGAGCCAAGCCCCUCGCCGCCUGCAGGGGGUAAUGAAAGACGUAGAAGGAGACGUCCAGCUCGAGUACCUCCAGUGCCCUCUCUCGAGACAAGGAGGCGUCCAAGUCAAGCAUACCCAACGGCCUCUUUUUGGAGAAGAAGACCGGAUGAGUGGGAGCGAAAGCAGGACAUCGAUGAGAAGAAGCACAAAGAACAGACGAGUAUUAUCAGGAACAAAAUGAUAGAAAGGCCACCGGUCCACCAGCACGAAGGGGAGAGUCCUGGUAGCCAACGAUGGACGGAGCCGCAAUUCGCCAGCGAACCAUCAGAUGACGAAUUGGUAAGAAGUCUAUUGGCUCAAUACACCAACUUCGAACUUGGAGAACCAUUGGUGCAAGGUAUUGUAACACCACCCCCACCAACCUACGAUGAGGCUUUCGUAAUCCCAAAGAGGGUCCCACAACCGUAUUGA